AAGGAAUAAAAUAAUGUAAUCUAUGGAAAGUGACAUUCUUAUUGGCAAAUGCCGUAAAAUGGCAUUGUUUGUUGUAAUAAGUACAAUUAUAGGGCGUUUAUCAUGUUAAUGUUAUCGAGUUUUUGUGUCUCAUCAUGCAAAUACUGACGAAGAAAGUUUUCAAGUACGCGCGUUAUUUACCGCGUAGUAAACAUCGAUAAUGCAUUGUUGACGUCAAAACAACAUGGCGGAUCUGUUUGCGAAAUACACGUGCACGUAUUGCCAAGAGGACAUUACAGGUUUGAGGAUUAAAUGUGCUGACUGCACAAAUUUCGAUUUGUGCUUACAGUGCUUUUCUUCUGGAGCAGAAAUCGGACAGCACAAGAACACUCAUGCCUACCAGUUCAUGCACUCGGAACCGAUCGGCGUGGGGCAGGCCCGUGGUGGUUGGUCGGCCCGCGAGGAGCUCCACCUGCUCGAUGCCAUCGAGCAGUUCGGGUUCGGCAACUGGGAGGACAUCAGCCAGCACAUCGAGACCCGUGGUCCUGAAGAGGCGAAGGACCAGUACAUCGCCCGCUACUUGGACGGCAGCAUCGGCCGGCUGACCUGGGCCGCCGCCAUCAGCCUGCGGCCCAAGCUCGUCGACGACGCGGCGCCGGACCUCGGGCCGCUGUCCCCGGCCGCCGCCUCCCACCUGCCCCCGCUGGACGCCACCCCCGAGGAGGCCAUGCAGCUGGGGUACAUGCCCCAGAGGGACGACUUCGAGAGGGAGUAUGACAACUUGGCAGAAUCUUUGGUGUCGCCACUGUUUAUCAACAGCCUAGAAGAUGAUGAACUAGAUGUUGCGCUGAAGCUGUGCCAAGUGGACAUGUACAACCGGCGGCUGCGCGAGCGAGCCCGGAGAAGACGCGUGUCCCGGGACUACCAGCUCGUCUCCCAGUACUUCUCCUCCGUCAGGAAGGACCGCCUCACCUCCAGGAAGAAGCUUUCCAAGGAGGAAAGGGAGCUGUACGACCGCAUGCGCACCUUCACCAAGUUCCACACGGCCCCCGAGCACGACCAGCUCCUGCAGAGCCUGCUGAAGGAGCGCCAGAUGAAGGUGCGGCUGGGCGAGCUGGCCAAGUACCGCCGCAGCGGCCUCACGCGCCACGAGGAGUGCCCGCACUUCGAGCAGCUGCGGCUCCAGCACGACGAGUGGAGGGAGAGGAGAUCUGGCAGCAGUGGGUCCUACCUGUCGCCAACCUCGACACAGCUACCAAAAAAAGGAAGAGACGGCGCGGCCGCCCCAGCGUCGGCGUCGGGAAGCUGCAGCCAGCCCUCGUGCGAUAGGGAGGGGGAGUCCGACGGGAGAGCCCUCGGUUCCGCCGAGCUGGAGACCCUCCCGGGGUUCCACCUCCUCACCGCCUACGAGAUCGAGUUGUGUUCAUCUUUGAAUUUAAAGCCAUCACGCUAUAUGGCACUGAAGAGCAUUCUAAUGCGGGAGUUUUUGAAGAAAGGCUUGAAGAAAGAGGAUCUGCUGACGAACACAUUGGGGAUGGAAUCUCGCAUCCUUCAUUAUCUCGUGAGCAGUGGGGGGUGGAUCACUGCCAGCUAACGCAACCGGCCGCCGUCCGUGGACAUUUGUUCCUUAAACAUUGUUCUCAGUGACAACCGUGGUUUCACAAGAACUGAACAGUGUAAUACCUAUUUAUUAUAGUGUGGCGUCUAGUGCUUUUUUAUUUUAUUUUUUUGCGUUGUUGCUGUCUGUGCUUGCAUUUCCCACUGGGCUCAAAUGAACUAUCAAAAGAAAUUUUUUUUUAAGCGUACGUGUAUAAUACAAGCACGUUUGUGUGAAGAAACUAUUUUUUAUAGCAACGUACCAAAAGCUGUAUAAAUGAAUGUAAGUAGAGUUGUCAAGUUUAUGCCAGUAAUAAAUACAUGUGAUAGUUAAAUUGACAA